GCUAACACAAACUCACCAGCGGGCGCUCGGCGAUAUUUAAAGCGAAUUUGGGUGAAAUUAUGGCCUCGAAAUCCCUGAAAACCUGCUCGAUUUUUGUGUCGAACCAGCUGUCGUUCGGCAGCAGCUUCUAAUUUCUCCGUUUUUGAAGUCAGAGCGGCGGACAAUGCUAGCCAGUUAGCCCGGGGUCGCUGCUAACUGGCUAAGGAAGUUAGCCGGUUAGCUCGCCGGAGGCUGGAUUCUUCGUUUCGCGCAUUUCGAGGCUGUUCGCCGACCUCUGCAGCCGGCACCCAGCGAAAACAUCAGCUUCUAGCUUCACCCAGCGAAAACAUCAGCUUCUAGCUUCACCCAUAUCGAAUACAAGCCUCUAAAACUUACAUAAUCCGCUUUUAAUAUGGAGAGUGAACUGAAUUUCGUCUAAACAGCUGGUUUUCUCCAAACGCUGCCCUUUUGUUUUGACAAAGGAUCCUUUUUUCUUAAACACCAGCUCAGCUCUGGUGUUGGGACACUUUGUUUGGAUAUAUUCUGGUAAUGGCUCCACAGAAGCACAGCUCCUCAGGUGGAAGCCAGCCGGUGGGUUUCGGUUCUGGAGGAAAAGCCAACGGGCUGUACCAGUCCUCCUCCGCCUCCUCCUCCACCUCCUCCUCCGCGAUGGCUACAGCCAAGAAGCCCAACAUGCAACUCAUCCAAGCCGACCACGAGUUGUUCCUGCAGGCCUUCGAGAAACCGACACAAAUCUACAGGUUCCUCCGCACCCGGAACCUCAUUGCUCCGAUAUUCUUGCACAGGACACUCACCUACAUGUCCCACAGAAACUCAAGGAAUAACGUCAAAAGGAAAAGCUCCAAGGUCGACAAUCUGUUGUUCAAAGUGGAGAAGAUGAGAGGCGAGCAGGAGACUCACAGCUUGGCCUCUAAUCUGCAGCUCACCUUUACUGGCUUCUUCCAUAAAGCUGGGAAGCCGUCUCAGGACAGUGAGAAUGAGCAGAACUCAGUCUCUCUGGAAGUGCUGCUGGUCAAAGUCUGUCACAAGAAGAGGAAGGACGUGAGUUGUCCGGUGAAGCAGGUCCCCACAGGGAAGAAGCAGGUCCCCCUGAACCCGGACAUGAGCGCUGGAGUCCAGGCCAAGCCGGGCUCCUUCCCCACCCUCCUGGUUCCCAGCAGCGAGUUCGAGCCCAGCAACUCUCACAUGGUGAAGUCGUAUUCGCUGUUGUUCAGAGUGUCGAGGCCCGGGUGCCCCCGCGCUCCGAUCAACGGCAUGGCCAACGGAGAGAACCACCACAGCAGAGAUUUCACAGAGGAAGUGGUAAACAGGAAGAGGAGGAGCUCCUCUCUCAGGGAGGAGGGAGAAACCACAUUUGUGGCUCAGAUGACAGUCUUUGAUAAAAACAGACGUCUGCAGCUGUUGGACGGAGAGUACGAGGUGUCUAUGCAAGAGAUGGAGGAGUGUCCCGUCAACAAGAAGAGGGCCACCUGGGAGACCAUCUUGGAUGGGAAGCGUCUGCCUCCCUUUGAGAGUUUCUCUCAGGGUCCCACCCUGCAGUUCACCCUGCGCUGGACCAGCGACUCCUCCGACCGCUCCACGGCGCCCGUGGCCAAACCGCUCGCCACCCGCAACUCAGAGACCAACCAGGAGCCCCGACACAGCACGCUGAGGGCCACACACACUCUGGCCGUUAAAGAAUCCAUAAAUGCUGACGUGCAAACCAGAAGAGAGCUGAUCUCAGCUGAGCCCCGACAGAAACUACGCAUCUUCUACCAGUUCCAGUACAACAACAACACGCGGCAGCAGACGGAGGCCAGAGACGACCUGCACUGUCCCUGGUGCACGCUCAACUGCAGGAAGCUCUACAGUCUCAUCAAACACCUCAAACUGUCUCACUCCCGCUUCAUCUUCAACUACGUGCCUCAUCCUAAAGGAGCGAAGAUCGAAGUCUCCAUCAACGAGUGUUAUGACGGCUCGUACGCAGGAAACCCUCAGGACAUCCACAGCCAGCCGGGCUACGCCUUCAGCCGGAACGGUCCGGUGAAGAGGACCGCCGUCACGCACGUGGUCGUCUGCAGGCCCAAGAGGUCGAAGGCCAGCCUGUCGGAGUUCCUGGAGCCGGAGGAAGGCGCCCAGGAGCCACCCAUCAUCAGCGGACACAACCGCCUCUACUUCCACAGUGACAGCUGCGUGCCGCUGCGGCCGCAGGCCAUGGAGGUGGACAGCGAGGACGAGAGGGAUCCGGACUGGCUCAAAGAGAAGACGGCCAAGCAAAUCGAGGAGUUCACCGACGUCAACGAGGGCGAGAAGGAGAUCAUGAAGCUGUGGAACCUCCACGUCAUGAAGCACGGCUUCAUAGCCGACAACCAGAUGAAUGCGUCGUGCCUGCUGUUCGCCGACCGCCACGGCGUGCACAUCGUCAAAAACAACCUCUGCCGCAACUUCCUGCUGCACCUGAUCAGCAUGCACGACUUCAACCUGGUGACCACGCAGACCAUCGACCAGGCCAUGGCCCGCCUCCGCCUGCUGCAGAGCCAGGACGCGCUCAGGGACGGAGCGGCGGCGGUGGGAGAGGACGAGGAGGAGGAGGAAGAGGAGGACUGGGAGACGGCCGUGGAGUCCCAGCCGGAGCUGGAUCCAGAUCUGGAGUACACGCCGUGUCACGACGAGACUCUGGGCGGCGGCGUGGAGAACGGAAACCAGAAGGAGAGGAGCAGAGGAGCUGCGACGGAGAGGCAGAGACUCUCCGGAUCUGGCUCCGUUUUAAACUGAGUUCCAAUCAGAGCAACAACAAAAAAAGAUAAUACCCAAAACAGGAAAAAGGCCAGAAUGUAGAAACAGGCGACAGACAAACACACAGGUUAUUGCAGGGAUCAUGUUUCUAGUGCAGGUUACAUCACAACACAGAGCCGUCUAUCAUUUCAGUGAAGAUCUGAGUUUGUUUCUUCUUGUUCUUCGUCACGUGACCGCUCUCUCACCCUUUCAUUUCAUCUCCAGCCCACUAACUUUAUUAAAACAAACACAUUCAGGCUCUGAUCUGGAUUUUGCGUUCGCUCCUUCGCUUAAUUAAACAUAACAUUUCUGUUUGUCUUCCUCGAGUGUGAAGCUCCACCAAAGGUUUCUUUUUCACAUUAAUGUCACAUUUUGGGUCAAAUGUGUCUGAUCAGGUCUCUGAUGAAGUAUCCAGUCUCUAGUUGUCCAAUCUGGUCUCUGGGUGUCUGAUCAGUUCUUUGAGUAUCUGGUCCGGUCUCUAAGUGUACGGUCAGUUCUGCAAGUAUCAGAUCCGGUUUUUAGCGUCUGAUCAGUUCUCUAUCAGGUCAGAGACCUGAUCGGACUCUUAGAAACCGGAUUGGACACUUUGAUCCAUUUUGUAAGUGUCCGAUCGGGUCUCUAAGUGUUUGAUCCGGUCUCUGUAUGUCCGAUGUCCGAUCCGAGUGCCCGAUCGGGUCUCUAGGCGUCCGAUCGGGUCUCUAGGCUUCUGAUCGGGUCCUUAGGUGUCCCAUCCGGUUUCUAAGUGUCUGAUUGGGCUCCUAGGAACCAGAUUGUGUUUGAUAACGCGUCCAGGACUCUCAUCAGUCCUCUAAGUGUCUAAUCUGGUUUCUAAUUCAGUCUUCAUGUCUCUAAUAAGGUCUCGGGGACUCUUAAUCUUAUCAAGUCUUCAUCUUCACGUCUCUCUACAGUCUGUCACCUCUCAUUCUUUAAUCACUCCGAUACAUUCAUAUUUAUUUUUAGUUUCUAAGUUCUUGACUCAAGACCUUUGGGACCAGAGUCCAGGGAUCAGACACAGACUCUUGGUGCAGGUUCUCCUGCUGGUGCUCGACCCUUUUUUACUCCUCAGAAACACUCGGUGGUCGUUGUGACCUCCGCUCACUGCCAGCUCUCUGACACCAACAUUAAUGUUUUUUGUUUUGUUUUUCCUCGAGCGCUCGUCGUCGUCUUGCAGCUCCGCUCCGCUGAGCCGGACAACAAACACACAGACAGUAAACCGUGUCCCGUUCAGGCUCCGCCUCCUUUGAAAUCAAUCCUUCUGUCUCUUUGUGGAGGAGUACGUUUGUCUACAGAGAAUUAAUUACACUUUUAAACCAUUAAAGGGAAAGUUCAGAAGCUAAGAAAAAUCGCUAAACAUAUUUUUUUAUAUUUCUCCUAAAAAAUGUAUUUCAUUUCAAGUUUUCUUCUAUGUUUAGAAUAUUUUCACCACUAGACAGCUUUUUUCUUUGGCGCCACAUUUUCCAAACUGUAGAACCUUUGUAUUCCUUAAUAUUUCUGUGUUUCAGACACUUUCUGAUAAAACAUAUGUAUGAAAGUAUGAAGCUGACAGUUCUACAGUGAGAAAAUAUCAUAUGAAAAAAGACUGACGGUAAACUGAAGCAGGGAAUAUGUUCUAGUUACAGUGAAGACUUAAAUGAGAUUGAUUUUUAAUGUGAAAAACCCACUUUAAAGGAUCUGAACUGUCCCUUUAAUCAGCUGCUGCUUCCUGUUUCUUUAACGAGAGAGUUGCUGCUUUUGUUUCCAGUUAUUAUCAAGUUAUACCCCCUUUAUUUGCUCACAAACGAGAGGUCUGGGAAUCAUUUAUCAUUGAAAUUAUUCAUUUACAACAUAAAAAUGAACGAGGAGGCGGAGCCAUCAACACGAACUGAAGCUGCCUGUUAUUUUAUUUUAACUAUUUGUCUCAUUUUUAUUUCUCCGUUGGCCGUUAUGUACAUAAGACUCUUAAACUGUAAUAAAUACAUUGCAAUACGAUUGUUUGGGAACCUGAACGCCACCCGGGAGGUUCUGUAGGUUGUUUUUUUAUUUGACACCAAAGGGGAUGCUGCAGAUUUCUCGUCUCCUGUGAACACUUUUUUUUUUUUUUUGUUGUUGCUAUAUUUCUGCAGUCAGGACUGUCAUUGAUGCAGAAAAUCUGACUUUUUGAUUAAUUCUCCCGUUGUGACUUUUCUCUUUAAAAGCUUUACAUCAAUCAGAAGUCUGAUGGUGACAAACACAGCAGAAAUCUGUUUGUCUUUCUUCUUCGUUGGAGCCGUUUGGUUCACGUGUGACAGAUCUGGGUGACGUGCAGAGCACUUUUUCUUUAGUAUUUUUUUUUUUAGUUAAUUCACAUGAGACCAGCAGCAUUUUGCACAAGACGAGAGGAGCCAUGUCAAGAAAACAAGACUUUUCUUCAACAGUUCUGUUAAAAAAAAGCAGCUUGACGUUGUGAACUUUUAAGUUGAGUCAGAAUGGUUUUCUAUUAAAAGAUCAAUUUUGUACAA